CUGUCCCUCUCAGGGAGGUCUGCGCUCCACUGGGCGUGCUCGGUGAACCACCUCUCCCUGGCCAGGACGCUCAUCCGCUACGGGGCGGCCGUCGACCUGCAGGACAACAAGGGCGAGACGGCGCUCUUCCUCUCGGCGCUGCACGGUUGCUAUGACGCCGCGCGGCUGCUGCUGCUGCACGGCGCCAGCCCGGCGCGGCGGGACCGGCGCGGGCGCCGCCCGGCCGACGUGGCCCGGGAGGCCCUGCACCACCAGGUCCUGGAGCUGCUAUUGGCCCACCAGGUCCAGGGGGGCGUGGCCGGGGGCGUGGCCGCGGACUGGGAGGAGCGGGCGCUCGGCUACCCGCCCUGGGGGGCGGAGCCAGGACUCCCCGGGAGGAGCGCCUCCUUCUCCGGGAUCAUCAACCCGCCGCCACAGAGUGAUUGGUCGAUGGGCCGGGUGCAGUACCCGCCCCCCCAGAGCUGGCGUCCUCAGCUCGGCCAAUCGGCGACGGCGCUGGUCCCCCCGCGCGUGAUGGGCCGCUCGCCCCGGCCAAUCAGCACGCUGCAGGAGGUGACCUCUGAGGACGAGGACCGUGAGCGCCCCCCGGAGGCGCCGCGCGCCGCCACGCCCCACUUCCUGUCUCCGCAGCCCGCCCCCCGCCAGCGCUCCUUCUCCUGUACCCAGCAUGCUUUGCAGCGCCGCUCCGCCGGCCCCCAGCCGGAGCCCAACUACCUGAUCGUCACGGACAGGGCGGGGUCAGGCGAGACCUCAGAGCGGGCGCCGGUGGUGGUGUUGGCUCCGCCCCCUCCAGACACCGCCGUUAUCCAGAACGAACGCCACCCGCCCGGGAACGCCGUUAUCCAGCCCGGGAACGCCGACCCCCCCCAGGCGGCGCCAGGCGGCGAGCAGAAGGCCAGAGGAGAGAGGUUGAACAACGACCGAACAACCGACUCCAGGCAGACAGCGCUGUGAGGGGGCG